UGGAAACCAAUAAUGUGUAAAACGUAUAAAAACACGAAUAAAUAUACACAGAUUGUUGAGAGGACCGCAGAAUUGGGAUAAGUAACAGUUACGUUGCAGCUACAAUGGAUACCGGCCAUCAGCAGGAUUCCAAGAGUGAAUUGCAGAAAUCAACAGAAAGACCAAAUGUUUGUCCAUAUUCUUUUACAACAACUUCUGAGAGUAACUCUUCUGCCAAGACUUCAGUUGAAUAUGACAUUAACGCAACUUUGGAUAUCAAGGAAGAAAUUAUCCAGGAUGAGCAGGAUUCCAAGAUUGAAUUGCAGAAUUCAACAGGAAUACCAAAUGGUUGCCCAUAUUCUUCUACAACAACUUCUGGCAGUAACUCUUCUGCCAACACUUUAAUUAAAUAUGAGAUUGACAAAACUUUGGAUAUCAAGGAAGAAAUCAUCCAGGUUCCAGAGAAAAUUAUAGUCCAGGAGCAGCAUAAAACAUACGAGUUUAUAUCGUGUAGCGUACAUAUAAAAGAGGAAGAUAUGUUGGACGUAGAUCGCGUGCAUCACAAGACAAGUUCAGAGAAGUCGGUAGUAGCACGCAAAGUGAAAAAACAAAUUAUAUGUGACUAUUGCGCACAUGAAUCGAGUAAAAAAAGAAAUUUGAUACGUCACAUUACUUUAUGCCACUUACUGGCAUCGGAAUUUAGGCACAAAUGCGACAAAUGUGCACGAAGUUAUAAAUGGCCACAAGGUUUAAGUCAACACAAACGUUUAACACAUUCGGAUACGAGUACAAAAUUUAUAUGUGACUAUUGCGAACGUAAGUGGAGUAGAAAAAUUAAUUUGGCACGACACAUUACUUCACGCCACUUACAGGCAUUGAAUUCUAGGCACAAAUGCCACAAAUGCGAGCGAAGUUAUAAAUGGCCACAAGGUUUAACUUCACACAAACGUUUAGUACAUUCGGAUGCGGGUAAAAAAUUUAUAUGUGACUAUUGCGAACAUAAGUGGAGUAGCAAAAUUAAUUUGUCACGGCACAUUACUUCACGCCACUUACAGGCAUCGGAUUCUAGGCUUAAAUGCGACAAAUGCGAGCGAAGUUACAAUUGGCCACAAAGUUUAACUCGACACAGACUUGCAUAUCAUGCAGCAGUACAAUAACUAUUUAUUGUAUGUGACUGUUGCGAAUAUAAAUCGAAUAGCAAAAGGAAUUUGGCACGACAUAUUACUUGAUAUCACUUACAGGUUAAAUUAGCAAACGUUUCGGCCAUGUUUAGGGGCCCUUCUUAGUGCAAGAUAUUUAAUGAAAAAUAGUUUUUUUUUUUUUUAAACACAUAA